AUGCGCGGUGGCAAGCGUGACGGCUGGAUGAAGGCGAUGAGAGAAGAAAUAGCAGCUCUUCAGAGCAACGACGUGUGGACAAUCGUGAAGCGCGCUCCAGGGACGCACGUGCUACGCACGAAGUGGGUCUACAAGACCAAGACGGACGCGCAGGGCAACCUCGAGAGACUGAAGGCGCGUCUGGUCGCUGAUGGAUCUCUCAACGGUCAAGGGAUCCUGGCACUCGCGGCCACGUGGGGGGUGCCUGCCAAGCACAGCGACAUCCCAAACGCGUACGUCAAGGCGGAGAAGGAGGCGCAUCUGCGCAUCUUCCUCCAGAUGCCGCGCGGAAUGCAGGUUACGGAGGAGACGCUUCGUACGCACGGCGCCACGAGUGCGAGCGAGCUCGUGCUCGAGCUCCGCAAGAGCCUGUACGGCCUUAAGCAGGCAGGCAGGCUGGGGAGCCUGCUGCUGCACGCUAAGCUGGUCGAUGCCGGCACUAGCGCGGCGGCGGUGGAGAGUCUCUUCAAAAGCCUCGCGUCGCUUUCGAUAAAGGACUUGGUCCAAUUCAGCAAGCUUCUGGGCAUGCGCGUGCAGCUUGCCAGCGAGGGAGGAUACAAGCUCGACCAGGAAGAGGCGAUUGGCGACCUCGUGAGAGACAACGGACUCGUCGAUGCCAACCCGACACGAACGCCGAUCGGCGACGACUGCUACGAGAUCGAAGCGAACGACACGACGCUCUUAGGAACCACGGGCGCAAAGACAGGAGCGACGGUGCGCGACUUCCAAUCGCUGGUCGGCUCUCUGUUGUGGGUUGCGCGAUGCACGCACCCGGACAUCGCUUUCGCGGUGCACAAGGCGACCUGUCAGAUGCAUGCGCCUCGCGUGCAUGUUUGGAAGAUGGCCAAACGUGUUGCACGUUACCUCAAAAGUACGGCGGCGUUCAAGAUCGCCAUGAAGCCCGAGUAUGAUGGGGACGGAACGAUGCGGCUCGAGGCAUUUAGCGACGCAGACUACGCUGCCGAUAAGUCCGACAGAAAGUCAAUGACUGGCGGCGUGGUGCGCCUGAACGGCAUGGCCGUGAGCUGGAGCGCACGAAAACAAGGAGGCGUCGCUCUGUCGACAAUGGAGGCCGAGUUCGUCACGGCAAGCGAGGUCGCGCACGAAGUGCUCGGACUGCGCGAGAUGUUGCGCGAAGUGGGACUCGAUCCGGCGCUCCCGAUGCAGCUGCACGUUGUUAACCAAGCGGCGAUCAGCCAGAUCGCCAACGAGGCGUCGUCGCUGAAGGCAAAACGCGUGGACGUUCGGCUCAAGUUCCUCUGCGACUUCGCGCGUCGUGGUGUCGUAGUGGCGAUCUGCGUGCGGUCGGAGAAAAUGCUGGUGGACCUCAUGACGAAGGCUCUGGACGCGACAAAGCUGAGAACGUUGCGCGAGCUCAUGUGCAUCGGCUAG